AUGUUCUCUCUCAAGCAAUAUGCCAUCGCUGCAUUGGCUUUGUCCAUCGGCGUGGUCAACGCGCUCACCGGAGAAGCGACUUGGUACACUCCCAAUGGGGGCGUCGGCGUCGGCGCCUGCGGUGCGCCCAUGCAGAACUCGGACCACAUCGUCGCGCUCUCCAGUGACCAGUAUGCUGGAGGGGCGCACUGUUGGAAGCACAUUGGCGUGCACUACAAGGGCAAGUUUGUAGACGCUACCAUCGGGGACCUUUGCCCUGCGUGGGCGGCACAAGAUGCAUCGAAUGGUACAACGGAAUAG